UUAAUCAUCGUGGAUUCAAGCAAGAUUGAUCAGGAGGGGGCCGCCAGUGGAGGAGCGGAAACGCAUCUUCUUGGUGGAUUACCGGAAACAUUAUUAGGAAGUUUAUCAACAGCAGCUACUACGGCGUCACCACAACGUGUAGCAUCCAAUAUUCGAGGAUUUUUUGCGAAUAGAAUUGGAAACGCUAUUCCAGAUACAGGAUGGCGCGAUUCAAUUUUAUCAUUGCCCAAAAAAUGGUUAUCGGGUACAGCAAUUAUAUCCAACAACAAAGAUAACAGUAAUGAUAAUAGUACAACAUUACCAAAAUUACCAUUACCAACUUUAGAAUCAACAAUGACAAAAUACAUAUUAGCAAUGCAACCGUUAGUUACCGCACAACAAUUAGAAAAAACGAAACAAUUAAUAAAACAAUUUACUUGUGGUCAAAAUGCACAUGGCACAAAAUUACAAUUGUAUUUAAAUGAACAACGAGAAAUUAAAGAUAAUUGGGCAUAUGAAUAUUGGUUAAAUGAUAUGUAUUUGAAUAAUCCAUUACCAUUACCUGUGAAUUCAAACCCUGGUAUGGUUUUUCCACCACGAAAAUUUAUAACAAUUUAUGAUAUAGCUAAGUUUGCUGCUCGCAUGUUAGAUGGAAUAUUAGAUCAUAAAGAAAUACUAGACAGGAGAGGCUUACCACAGGAACGUGCAACAUCACGAGAAAAAGGGCAACCGUUAUGUAUGUCACAAUAUUAUCGAUUAUUAACAUCAUAUCGUUGCCCAGGGAAAAUACGGGAUUCUCUUUUAUCAACUGAAAAUGAAGAUAGUGAUAAUGAGCAUAUUAUAGUUGCUUGCAGAAAUCAGUUCUAUUGUGUUCUGGUUAAAGCUGUUGAUCGUGGACGAUUAACUGAAGAUGAAAUUUGUUCACAAUUUGUGCAUAUUUUAAAUGAUGCACCAUGUUUGGCAAAUCCAACACCAGUAGGCUUAUUAACCGGUGAUAAUCGUCGAAAAUGGGGUGAACUUAGGGAUUCAUUAUGUCAAGAUGACCAAAAUCAACGUAAUUUAGAAUUAAUUGCACGAUCAUUAUUGGUUGUUUGUAUGGAUGAGCCAUUACCAACGACAUUUAACAAGAAAUCAAGUUCAAAAUCUCGCACUGGAUCAAGUAGUAGUAUGGAUGGUAGUCAAUCAGGAUGGAGUCGUCGUGCAGGCAAUGGUCAUCAAGUAAAUGGACGAGAUGAAACAAAUAUGUGCCAUCAAAUGAUUCAUGGUGGUGGCAGCUCUUAUAAUUCAGCGAAUCGUUGGUUUGAUAAAACAAUACAAUUAGUGAUCUCAAAUGAUGGUGUUUGCGGAUUAUGCUACGAACAUUCUCCAAGUGAGGGUGUAGCCGUUGUUCAAUUAAUGGAAAAUUUAUUAAAACGUUGUGAGGAUUUACCUUUAGCAUCUAAUACAACUUUAACAACAACUAAUGAAACAUCGUUUACUACAACUGUAUCGUCGGCAUCACAUUUACCUGCACCCGAGCGUCUUGAGUGGAAACUCGACGCGAGACAACAUCGUUCAAUUCAAGAGGCUGCUAUCACAAUUGACAGUUUGGCUGAUGAUUUAGACUACUUAGUAUAUCGUUUUACUGGUUAUGGUAAAAAUUUCAUAAAGUCUUGUCAAUGUAGUCCAGAUGCCUACAUACAAUUAGCAUUACAAUUAACAUAUUUCCGAUUAUAUGGCCAUCUUGUAGCAACAUAUGAAAGUGCAUCAACUCGAAGAUUUUUAUUAGGGCGUGUUGAUUGUAUACGAUCAGCAACACAAGAAGCAUUAGACUGGAGUAAAGCAAUGUGUCAAGGAGAUGCUACUAAUGCAACUGGUGGGGGUGGUAAUCUAAGUGAUUUAAGCGACGAUGAAUUAAAUAUGGGGAAAAAGGUUACUUUCAACUUAUACUCGAAUGAAGAAAAACUAAGCUUAUGGAAUGCAGCAAUGAAACGCCAAACGGAAAUUAUGGUAGAUAAUAUAAUGGGUCAAGGAAUUGAUAUACAUUUAUUAGGGUUACGUGAAGCAGCUAGAGAAACAGCACCAACUGCCGCACAUCCAUUACCCGAACUGUUUACGGAUGAUACAUAUAAGAUUGCCAAUUAUUUUCUAUUAUCAACAAGUCAGGUAUCUACUACAACCGAUUCUUUUAUGGGCUAUGGUCCGGUUGUUCCUGAUGGAUAUGGUGCCUCAUAUAAUCCUCACCCUAAUCAGAUUAUAUUUUGUCUGUCUGCGUUUAAAUCGUCUGAAUCAACGACAACCAAUAAAUUUGCUCACGCCCUGGAAGAAAGUUUAUUAUCCAUGCAACAAUUGUUAUCAACAAAUCAACAAAAAUAA